AUGUCGUGGGCCCACAACCUCUCCACAGCAGCCGCCACACUCUACGGCGGGCUGUGCAUAGCCUCAGCCCUCCCCUUCGCAGGCGUGCACGUCUCCAUCCCCUGGGUGACACCCCGGCGCCCCCCCGGAAACUCCCAGUCAUGGCUCGCCUACUACGCCGAGAAGAACGCCUGGAUGGCCCGGCUCUCGGGCGGCCGCCUGACGCCCCGCCAGGCCGGCUACGCGGGCGCCGCGCUGCGCGUCGCCGUCGGCGCCUGCUGCAUCUGGGGCAGCCGGCUGGUGCGCGAGGCCGCGCUGCUGCUCAACGGCGCCGUCGUGGCGCGCGGGACUGUCCUUGCCGCGAGGGACGGCCGGCCUAUGCGGCCGCAGUGGACUAUGCUUGGGGUUAUUGGGCUUUGCCUGUUGCUGGGGAGGCUUUGA